ACCCAUGUUGCGAGUUGCCGCCAUUUCAAACGCUCAACGGAUCCGGGCACGCGCCUUUUCGUUCUCAAGCAUGGCUCAGCAGCGAAGCCAAGUCAUACACGCGCCUUCGGAGGAGGCUCCACGUGGGGUCCGAUCCGUCUUCCUCGCCGGCACCACGAGCAGAGUCGACACCACUGACUGGCGGGAGACGCUAUCCUCACUGCUUUCCGAAACCACCAUCACAAUCUACAAUCCAUACCGCCCAGACUGGGACAGCACGUGGCGCGAAGACGUCGACUUCGCGCCUUAUCGCCAGCAGGUGGAGUGGGAGCUCGACAUGCAAGAGAAGGUUGACACGAUAGUCGUGUACUUCCACCCGGCCACCCAGGCGCCCAUCAGCCUGCUCGAGCUCGGCCUUUGCGCGCGAGUGCCGGGGAAGGCCAUCGUGUGCUGCCCCGAGGGCUACUGGAAGCGAGGGAAUGUGCAGAUGGUGUGCCAGAGGUAUGGUGUUGAAAUGGUGGAGAGUAUCGAAGGACUCCGGGAUGCCAUCGUGAAGAGGAUGCCUGCCGAUGCCUGACUGCGCAGCUCGUCCGUCUCUGGGCCUCUCUCUUGACGGUGUUGAUCAGGCUGCGCAACGGGAGCGUAGGAAUCAUGUUACCAGGCUCGUGUCAUCUUUCACCUUUUAGAUUUCCUAUACCCAAACGCCACGAAACAUGAAAUUUAACCAUACUAUGCUACUAGCAGUAACAAACACAAUCCGUAUUUUUGUUUCAAAUGCAAAAGGAUGCUUUUGCGCCUUUUUCUUGUCACAGCUUUCCGUU